AUGUGGGCGCCGGGCCGGCCGUCGGCAUCCCCGGCUAGCAUGGACAGCCGCCACACCAGCGCCGCGGGCCUCGGCGACCUGGUGCAGUUGAGCGCGGCCCUCCCGGCCACGCGCGUGGAGGUGUCGGUGUCCUGCAGAAAUCUUCUUGACAGAGACACGUUUUCUAAAUCUGAUCCAGUUUGUGUCUUAUAUGUACAAGGCAUUGGAAAUAAAGAAUGGAGAGAGUUUGGAAGGACUGAAGUGAUCGAUAAUACUUCAAAUCUUGAUUUUGUAAGAAAAUUUAUUCUGGAUUACUUUUUUGAAGAGAGAGAGAAUCUUCGAUUUGACUUGUAUGAUGUCGACUCAAAAAGCCCCACCCUGUCUAAGCAUGACUUUCUGGGACAACUGUUUUGUACAUUGGGGGAAAUUGUUGGUUCACAGGGAAGUCUCCUGGAAAAGCCAAUAGUAGGAAUUCCAGGGAAGAAAUGUGGUAUGAUCAUACUUCCAGCAGAGGAAUUAAACUGCUGCAGGGAUGCUGUCCUGAUGCAAUUUUGUGCUAACAAAUUGGACAAGAAGGACUUCUUUGGAAAAUCAGAUCCUUUUCUUGUGUUUUAUCGAAGUAAUGAAGAUGGCAGUUUUACUAUUUGUCAUAAAACAGAAGUUGUCAAAAAUACUCUAAACCCUGUAUGGCAAGCGUUCAAGAUCUCAGUCAGAGCGUGAUUGGCGUAUGGCGAUUAUGACAGAACAAUCAAAGUGGAGGUAUAUGACUGGGAUCGAGAUGGGAGCCAUGAUUUCAUUGGAGAAUUUACAACAAACUAUAGGGAGCUUUCUAGAGGGCAAUCACAAUUCAAUGUAUAUGAGGUGGUGAAUCUCAAAAAGAAAGGAAAAAAGAAAAAAUACACUAAUUCAGGAACAGUAACCUUACUCUCUUUCUUGGUAGAAACAGAAGUUUCAUUCCUUGACUAUAUUAAAGGACGAACGCAGAUCAAUUUCACAGUGGCUAUUGAUUUUACAGCAUCAAAUGGCAACCCUGCGCAGCCCACAUCUCUGCACUACAUGAAUCCUUACCAGCUGAAUGCCUACAGCAUGGCUCUGAAAGCCGUCGGAGAAAUCGUUCAGGACUAUAACAGUGAUAAGAUGUUCCCAGCUCUAGGCUUUGGUGCAAAACUGCCUCCAGAUGGAAGGAUAUCUCAUGAGUUUGCUUUGGUAACAAUGCAUCAUCACAAGGAAUUUAUGUUUUGA